UCUUUGAAAGAAGUAGAAGGGAGUAGGGACCAAACUAUCAUCAAUUCUUAUCUGAAGAAGUUGAAAUUUCACUUCCUUUCCCAAUCAUUUUCUUCCAUCAAUGGAUUCCAUUUCUUCCCCUUUCCUCUCCGGCAGAAAUCUCAUUCUCUCUCCCCCAAUUUCCAGUUCCCUCCCACCCAUUUCAACCCCCAUCUACUCUGUUCUCACCGAACAAAACGUCAAAAAGAAUACCCCUCCACCAGAUGCCGAUUCUCCAUCCCCGCCCUUGCCCCGACCAUCUCCUCCCUCCCCACCAAUGCCCAGGGUCUCUUCUACCAGACGAGUUCAGCCGUCUCUACCGGCGAGAUUCUUCAACGCCUUCGAUGACUUAAUCAAUAACUUCAUAAACCCCCCGGUUAGUCCCUCAGUGGAUCCACGAUACAUCCUCGCCGACAACUUCGCUCCGGUGGAUGAGCUACCACCGACGGAGUGUGAAGUCAUCUAUGGCUCGUUGCCUUCAUCUCUCAACGGUGCGUACAUUCGUAACGGACCAAAUCCUCAGUACCUUCCUCGUGGUCCCUACCAUUUGUUCGACGGCGACGGAAUGCUUCACUCUCUUCGAAUCUCCGAUGGCCGUGCCGUUCUGUGUAGUCGUUAUGUCAAGACUUACAAAUAUACUUUGGAGCGUGACGCUGGCCAUCCUGUUUUCCCCAACGUAUUUUCCGGCUUUAAUGGCCUCACUGCCUCUGCCGCACGAGGCGCCGUCGCCGUUGGCCGGAUAUUAACCGGGCAGUAUAAUCCUGCAAACGGCAUUGGUCUUGCAAACACUAGUCUGGCUUUCUUCGGUGACCGACUUUACGCCCUAGGUGAGUCUGAUUUACCGUAUCCGAUUCGAUUAACUCCAAACGGUGAUAUUGAAACUCUCGCCCGUCAUGACUUCGACGGAAAACUCACUCUUAGUAUGACUGCUCAUCCGAAAGUCGAUUCCGAUACCGGUGAGGCAUUUGCGUUCCGAUACGGUCCUUUGCCUCCGUUUUUAACUUACUUCCGAUUCGACAAAAACGGAGCCAAACAUUCAGAUGUGCCGAUACUUUCGAUGAAUCGACCGUCGUUCCUGCACGAUUUUGCAAUUACUAAAAAGUACGCUGUAUUUACAGACAUUCAGAUUGGAAUUAACCCUACGCAGAUGAUAAUUGAAGGAGGAUCUCCAGUGGGAUCAGAUCCAUCGAAAAUUUCAAGAGUAGGACUAAUUCCUCGAUACGCUAACGAUGAAUCAAAGAUGAAGUGGUUCGAUGUACCUGGAUUGAACUUAAUUCACGCCAUUAACGCUUGGGAUGAAGAUGAUGCUGUGGUUAUAGUGGCGCCAAAUAUUCUCUCCGUAGAACACGCACUAGAGAGGAUGGAUCUGGUUCAUGCCUUAGUGGAGAAAAUCAGAAUCGACCUGAAAACAGGAAUAGUAACGCGGACGCCAUUGUCGACCAGAAACCUAGACUUUGGAGUGAUACAUCCCUCGUACGUCGGGAAGAAGCACAGGUUCGUUUACGCCGGUGUUGGAGAUCCGAUGCCCAAGAUUUCGGGAGUGGUGAAGCUCGAGAUAUCUCAGGAAGAACGUCGAGACUGCAUCGUCGCUUGUAGAAUUUUCGGACCUGGUUGCUAUGGCGGGGAACCGUUUUUCGUGCCGAGGGAAAGGGAAAGUUCCGACGAGACAGAGGCAGAGGAGGACGACGGAUAUGUCGUCUCAUACGUUCAUGAUGAAAACUCCGGUGAGUCGAGGUUCAUUGUCAUGGACGCGAAAUCGCCGGAGCUGGAAAUUAUCGCCGCCGUGAAGCUGCCGCGACGCGUCCCUUACGGUUUUCAUGGAUUGUUCGUGAAAGAAAGCGACCUCAAUAAGCUAUGAAAUGGAAGUUAUCUUAAUAACUCAACCGUAAUUUUAGACCGAACCGGACUUUCGACCAGACCGCUUAUAGCCGGUUUUAAAAAGUAUAUAUACGCUCUUAAAAUUUUAAAUAAUACUAAUAGUAAUAGAAUGUAUUUAUAGGUAUUCAUAUAUAAAGAAGGAAGUGUAAGUAAAUUAACCAUUAGAAGCAUUGUAUUGUAUGGGUGCUUAUUUUAAAAUUUAGAAUAUUUAUCCAAAUUACUCCUAAAAAAUCCUCAUAUUUU